ACAACUUCAAAAUACUAACAAAAUAAGAAAUUUAUUUAUUAUUUAUUAUUUAUUUUCUUUUCAAUGAAGAGGGAGCGGAUAUGAGCAGCAGCAGCAGUAGCAGCAGCCAUGAUGAUGAUCAACCAGUGUGGAGCAACCAUGGCCGCCAAGCCUGCAUGGCUUCAAGCCCUCAUGGCCGAGACUUUCUUUGGCGCUUGUUUGCUUCAUGAGAACCGCCGCAAGUGCGAGAAAAACGUGUUUUGCCUGCAUUGUUGUCUUAGUAUUUGCCCUCACUGCCUCCCGUCUCACCGCUCUCAUCCUCUUCUUCAGGUCAGACGAUAUGUUUAUCAUGAUGUAAUUCGAUUGGGGGAUCUUGAGAAGCUCAUUGACUGUUCCCAUAUUCAGCCGUACACCAUCAACGGCGCCAAAGUGAUCUUCCUGAAUUACCGGCCACAGUCACGCCCAUGCAAGCAAGGCGCCUCCACCAACGUUUGCUUCACCUGCGACAGAAUUCUCCAAGAACCCUUCCAUUUCUGCUCUCUCUCCUGCAAGGUGGAUCACAUGGUGUAUCAAGGGGAGGAUUUAUGUGGAAUUUUGCACCGGUUCGACGAGUCGGAUUUCUCGUACGCACAAUUCGAAGGGCUUAGAGGGGAGGGGCUAAAAGGGUUAGAUGAGGAUGGUCAAAUAACACCAAAUUCCAUGGUUGAGGACUCAUCGCAGUUCAAUGAAGGCUCGUCUUGCUCCAAUAUCAACGAUUUAAACCCCACCAACGUCUCGUCGGGAACUCAUAUCUUCAAAAGAAAAAACAAAACCGCCGAUUUCCUUCCCGCCGGCAUCGUUCUAUCACUCAGUAGUAGAAGAAAAGGCGCCCCUCAAAGGUCUCCUCUCUCUUAAACCCCAAGAUUCCGAUACCAUAUUAUUGAAAUUAAAAUAAAUAAUCUAAGCUCGGGUUUGUUUAUUUUAUAAAUGAUUCGGAUAAUUGUGUCGUGUCGCCGUUCAUGGUCCUAUUGUCGGGUAAGGGCUUGGCUUUGGCGGGUGAAUUACACGGCGGUGGGUGCGGGUAUUUUCCGACGACUUCGCCGGCUUUUUUCAGGUCGGGUGGUUUUGGAGAUAUUUCUUAUUUGCACCCACCAAUUUUGUAUUAAUUCGUGUAAUUUAUCGGAACUUGCACGUAAAUUAUAUAUUGUGCUUUGGGUUGUU